AUGCCUGCCACAAGAUGCUGGGCAAAGUGGGCCGCCAAUGCAAGACGACAUGGCCACCAUGCGCCAUCCGAGCAUCUCAAGCGCAGUGGUCCGCGGAAGAAGCCGGCGGCCGAGCCGGAUUCGUGGCCAACGGGGAAGAGGCCUGCGGCCGUGCUAGAUCCAUGGCCUAUGGGGGAAGACGAUGCCGCAACUUCCUUCCGCCCCAAUGCCGUUGCCACCUUGCCAUUGCCGCGGCCAGCGGUGAUGGCCACUCGCCGUCGUCGCUGUCGCUGCCGCUUCCGAGAAACUGACCUGGAUGCGGAGGCGGGGGAUGCGGCGCGGCCGUCCAGCGGAGGUACCGUCGUCAAUCUGCAGGAUGGCUGGCGCCGCCGCCGUCCGCCGCCGCCUCUCCGGUUCCUGUUCCUACGAGAAAUGUGGGUGCUGACUGCGAGACGAGAGGAGAAAUGA